UCCCCCACCGCAACACAAUUUCACGCAAUGGUACAGCGUCAGAGCCACUUCUGAUGUUUGCUGCUCGAAGCAGCGCGUCUGGUUACUCAGUUUUGCGUUUCGAGGACACAAAGCUCACGACUUCACAAUAUAGGGCCGCAGACCAGCAUGAAAACUAGCAGAUUCGCGCCACAGACGCCCCUGGAGCGGCUCCAGCAGUCAAAAGCCGAAAAGUUAAAGCAAGAAAAGGAUAGAGCCACACGACUUCUGGUUCGUCUGCAGUGGAAAGCAGAGCUUCUCAUGUUAUCAUAUUUCAAAGCUUUGGAGAUGCUACAAGCUUGUGACUCUUAUGAAGAGGCAAACACUGCCCUUGCACGACGAGCAGAGUCCAUGUUCAAAAUUGAUUUCUUUGAAUUCUACACUUUUCUGGAACGAUACAUCACCGCUUGUCUCGCUACUCUCGGUGUUAGUGUGUCCGCUUCAGCGCCGCGAGAGAAUUUCAACGCUCUUCGUUACAUUACCAACCCGGAUCUGCAGCGCACGCGCCCUCUAGCUUCACAUGCAUUUCACGCGAAUCUUCUGGAAGCACUCGACGACGUAAAAUGCCCGCUGCAUGAUUCACUUGGGGCGCAGGGCGUGCGAAUGCAGCUAGGCUUGGCAAAGGACUAUCGAAACGCAUGGAAGGAUGCAGAUGAGAAGAUCAAGGCAGACAACGCAGAGUGCGGUCAUAACGGUUCUUCCAAGAAUGUUAAGCUGUCGGACCUUGGGCUUGAAACGAUGCUGAGAACUCUCGUCGCAGGCUGCAGUCGCGCGAACGACACCGUCCAAGCAUAUGAAAGGGCUGCUGUGAACGGUAACGGGCUUUCCAGUCGAGACUUUGAGCCUUCAGCCUAUGUCGACGACGGCAUGGUCAUGGAUGAUGUGCCUCUCGAGUACAUGGACGAUGCAAUGGAGCUUGAUUGAGAAAGGCCAGAUAGCACGCACUCUGCUGUCUGCAGCUCAUGGAGUUGGUCAUACCAAGACAUAUGGCCCUCAUAAUGUACGUUCAUCACAAGUCAAUGUCCUGGCAGAUCUA